UACAUUGUUAUGCAUAAAAUGAUACAAAUGUAUAAUAGUAAUUUGCCAUACUGUACUGUAGAUUUAGUUAUAUUUUGACUGAUAACUCAAGUCUUCCAAGUGCCCGGACCGCCUCUUGCUCCUCGGUCACGCCCAAACAGAGUGCGCUCAGAGCGGCUAGUGGCUGGAGAGGAGACUAGUCCCGCCUACAGGCGUGGCUCUCUCCCUCUGGUAGCUGCCGUUAGAACUAACCGAAGGUUAGAAUGGAACAGUCCAGUAAUCUAGAGAGAGACGGAGAGAGAGAGUGAAGCAAACUAGGAUGAACAGUCAGAUGUCUCUCUAGACUGUGAGUUUUGUCGCAGUGGAAUAGACGUGCACUUGUAUUGUCUAUGCUUGCACCGCUCACCAUUGUAUGUGAUUAUAAACUAUCUAUUUUAGAUUUGUAAACUUGUAGCAAGAUGUCAGAAGGUGUGUGGAGGAAACGCGCCCUCUCCACGGCUGGAGGAGCCUCGUUCACCUGCCUCGUGAUGAUGUUUCUUCUCGUCGCCGUUAUCAAACACCGGGGGACUCUCGUGGAGGAAGGUUCCACCGGGAGAGAGUUCGGGACUCGCUCCCUGCAAAGUCUAAACAGCAUGAAUAAUAAUGACAAACCCGUUAACCAAGCUCCAGCCGAGGAUCGGGUCGGGGAGAAAUGUCAGGCGACCCAGGUCAAGGGUUUCUCGGCGUACUUCAGUGAGUUGAGCCGGGGGAAGCGGGCGGUGGAGCACAGAGCGGUGAAGGCUCGUGAUCCUACACCGGUGGAGGAGCUCAGUCCGGCGGAUGUGUUCAUAGCGGUGAAAACCACCAAGAAAUAUCACCACACCAGGCUGGAUCUACUGCUGGACACAUGGAUCUCUACAAACAUGCUACAGACGUACGUAUUCACCGAUGGAGAGGAUGACAGGCUGAGGAAGAGGAUGGGGAGUCACAUGAUCAAUACGAACUGUUCAGCGGCCCACAGUCGCCAGGCUCUGUCCUGUAAAAUGGCCGUCGAAUACGACACCUUCAUCAGCUCUGGAAAGAAAUGGUUCUGCCAUGUGGAUGAUGAUAACUACUUGAACAUACGUCCCCUUGUGAAGCUCCUGUCUCACUACAGCCACGCCCACGACGUCUACAUUGGCCGGCCUAGCCUCGACCGACCGCUAGAAGCCACCGAGAGGUUUGGCGACUCCCACACGCGUCCAGUGCGUUUCUGGUUUGCCACAGGAGGAGCAGGGUUCUGUGUUAGUCGAGGUCUCGCCCUCAAGAUGAGCCCCUGGGCCAGUGGAGGUAAUUUCAUGACAACAGCUGAUCGUAUUCGUCUCCCUGACGACUGUACGGUUGGUUACAUCAUCGAGGCGUUGCUAGGGGUGGGUCUUAUCCGCUCCCCACUGUUCCACUCUCACCUGGAGAACCUUCAGCUGGUGUCACUGACACAGAUUCACCACCAGGUGACUCUGAGUUAUGGAGCGGUUGACAGUAAGAGAAACAUAAUCAAUGUAAGAGGAGCGCUCUCAUUGGACGAAGACCCUACCAGGUUCAGGUCUGUCCAUUGUGUCUUAUACCCAGACACUCCAUGGUGUUCAGCCCUGACCUGGUACUGAGGUACUGACCCCACCAGUCCAGAGACACAGAAAGAGGGGAGAAGAUGAGAGAUGGAGCAAAGACACGGAAGGGGGCGAUGGGCAGAGAAGAGAAGUGGAGAAGAGAGACAUUGAUUAAUAAUGGAUAGACAGAGGAGAGAACAGGAGAAGAGAGACUAGAGAUAUUGAUGAAUGGAUAGACAGAGGAGAGAAGUGGAGAAGAGGGACUAGAGAUAUUGAUGAAUGGAUAGACAGAGGAGAGAAGUGGAGAAGAGGGACUAGAGAUAUUGAUGAAUGGAUAGACAGAGGAGAGAAGUGGAGAAGAGGGACUAGAGAUAUUGAUGAAUGGAUAGACAGAGGAGAGAAGUGGAGAAGAGGGACUAGAGAUAUUGAUGAAUGGAUAGACAGAGGAGAGAAGUGGAGAAGAGGGACUAGAGAUAUUGAUGAAUGGAUAGACAGAGGAGAGAAGUGGAGAAGAGGGACUAGAGAUAUUGAUGAAUGGAUAGACAGAGGAGAGAAGUGGAGAAGAGGGACUAGAGAUAUUGAUGAAUGGAUAGACAGAGGAGAGAAGUGGAGAAGAGGGACUAGAGAUAUUGAUGAAUGGAUAGACAGAGGAGAGAAGUGGAGAAGAGGGACUAGAGAUAUUAAUGAAUGGAUAGACAGAGGAGAGAAGUGGAGAAGAGGGACUAGAGAUAUUGAUGAAUGGAUAGACAGAGGAGAGAAGUGGAGAAGAGGGACUAGAGAUAUUAAUGAAUGGAUAGACAGAGGAGAGAAGUGGAGAAGAGGGACUAGAGAUAUUGAUGAAUGGAUAGACAGAGGAGAGAACAGGAGAAGAGAGACUAGAGAUAUUGAUGAAUGGAUAGACAGAGGAGAGAACAGGAGAAGAGAGACUAGAGGGGGGCACCUCGUGGGACGACACUGGAUCUCUCCGUCACCGGAUCCUUACACCCUCUAACCCUUGACCUCUAACCCCUAGUCCCUCCCAGAGAGGCCUGGUGGUGGGGGAAGAGACGAGCGCGACGUCGUUGUGAAGUUGCUGAUUGCAGAUGGCUCUGUGUGUUGCAGCUCUAACAGAGAGCCUCUGUUUUAAGGCUGUUGUGUCGCUCCGCUUUGUAGCCUGAGUUCCAGUCUGUUUUUGUGCUGUCAUCAACUCCUUGUCACGAACUCAAUGUCACGUUUGUCUCGUCCACGACAGCGAUGUAGUUGGCAUGGUAACACAAACAGAUCUGGGACCAGGCUAUCUAUUUUGUGAGUAGAAGUUGUCAUUUUUUUCCCCCCCUUGGUUGCUAAGGAGAAUGGUUCUACCUCCUCUUUGGUGUUCAGCAUUCCUCAUCCUGCAUCUUGGUUGCUAAGGAGAAUGGUUCUACAUCCUCUUUGGUGUUCAGCAUUCCUCUUCCUGCAUCUUGGUUGCUAAGGAGAAUGGUUCUACAUCCUCUUUGGUGUUCAGCAUUCCUCUUCCUGCAUCUUGGUUGCUAAGGAGAAUGGUUCUACAUCCUCUUUGGUGUUCAGCAUUCCUCUUCCUGCAUCUUGGUUGCUAAGGAGAAUGGUUUCUACAUCCUCUUUGGUGUUCAGCAUUCCUCUUCCUGCAUCUUGGUUGCUAAGGAGAAUGGUUCUACAUCCUCUUUGGUGUUCAGCAUUCCUCUUCCUGCAUCUUGGAGGCUGAAGGAUAAACAAACUGUUUUGUGUUUUUUUUUUCCUUUUCAAUAUUCUUCCCCAUAUUAACGUUUAUUGUGGAUUUAAAAAAAUAAUAAUAAUAACGUCAACAGACUCCGGAUCUCUACCAGACCAGUGAAGUGGUGUGUUUUACUGCCUGUUGUAUUAUCUUGUUAUUCCAUCAGACAGCUGUCAAUCAGACCACAGUAAUGAACAUUUAAACCCAACAUUCUACUGUAUUGAAGACAGACCAUGCAUUUUGUUACCAUGACGAUAUAUAUCUCAUGUACAUUUGUAAACAGAGGAAUGUAGAAGGAGUAGAACGGGCCUCCCUAUUCAUGUCAACGGCGUCAUAAUGGGCAGACAGGCAGCAGUUCUAGUUCUAUGUUUAGUAGUGGAAUCCUGAGGCAUGUUGGGAGGGAUCAGAGAGGUGGAAACAGAAAUAGAAUGACUAGAACAGUCUCGGAACCUUUAACCCUGGUCAUUUGACUCGUGGGUCCUCUCACAUUGGCCGCCAGUCCACCCAUCAUGCCGUCAUAAUGGACCUGUUCUAUGGACCCGGGCCAUGGAUUGUUUUUGUAUGAGCGGAACACGUACAUGUUCUUAAUAAGUGUUCUGAUGACCUCUCUCUCUCUCUGUGAGGUAAUAAUUGACCCAUAAUGGGUUUCUGAUUGGAGAUUGUUUAUGAGAAGAGCUCCUCCUGGACUGGGCCUCUAUAGACCUGUUCUGUUUUGACCACUGAACAUCAUCUGCUUCAGUCAUGUGUUUUUAUGUUAUUCUUUUGAUCAGGACGGUUUCUGAUUGGGAUUUUACUGUGUUGUUGUUGUUGUUGUUGUUGUUGUCGUUGUUGUCUUUGUUGUUGUUGUCUUUGUUGUUGUUGUCUUUGUCUUUGUUGUUGGAUGUAUUCUCCAGUAUCUGGAGGAUAGAAAGACAGCAGUAUCUCAAGGGAUUUGAACGCUGAAUAUAUUGCCUUUUGUCUCACCACAGUGGUUGCUAUUCUCUGCUUUUUUAAUAAAGCCUAAUAAUGCCUUA